CGGACUUGUUUUGUUUCGGUUAGCCACCGAGACUGACUAUUUGUGAACAAUGCAACUGUUACUAUACAGUAUAGUGUUUAAGAUAUACUAGUAUCUAAUAUUUUAUGGCAAUGGGGUCACUUAAGUUCAUCGCUGGACAAGAAAAUGCAGCCACGGAGGCCACAGUCGCAGAGGACAGGCUGGUGUGCCAGGGAGUAAACAACCAGAGCUACUUCUGUGAGUCAGGUCACUGCUGUGGAGAGACCCAGUGCUGCAGCUACUACUAUGAACUGUGGUGGUUCUGGCUGGUGUGGACUCUGAUCAUCAUCCUGACGUGUUGCUGCAUUUGUCAGCACUGGCGCUCCAAGCAGCGCUUCCAGCAGCAACGCCGGCAGAAUGAGAUCAACCUCAUCGCGUACCGAGAGGCUCACAACAACUCCCAGCUCCCCCUCUACCUCAGGUUCCUGCCCACCUACCUGCUGCCAGCCUAUGAGGAGGUAGUGGACCGCCCCGUCACGCCUCCUCCUCCCUACACCCCUCUACAGUCAUCCCCACUCACAGACCCACCUGAGGAAUCACCAUGCCUCCCCUUGGCCAUCUCUGUCCCUGGUGAAGCCGACGCGUCACCCCCAGCCUCUCCGGAGGACGUGCAGACCCACCUCCACGGAGCUCACAACCCCAACAAGGAUUCGACGCCGGGCAGGUACCGGCGCUUCACCGGGGACUCCGGGAUCGAAGUGUGCGACGGCCAGGAGCUGUGGGAUCAGCGCAGCCUUUCAGAGACAGAGGAAGAGACAGUGGAGGAGGGGGCGGGGCCAAUGGAGGACCCGUGUGAUAGCUGCGGUCCCGACACCUUCGAGCGCGGCCGCGUUAGCGCUGCAGUGGUUCAUGACAACACAGAUGGACACACGGCUGUGGAGACAGAGUCUCUUAGGUAAUCCACAAGAAUGUCUUUAAUAUCUGCAGUAAACUCUGCAGCGGUCUCUGAUGACAAUGUUCACCUUUGGUGCUCAGGGGUUUGGUCUGUUUCACUAACACCAGUGUGUGUGUGUGACAGGCCUGGACAGAAAUGAAAGAUAUGAGUACAUAUUUUGACACUUUCUAAAAUGUAAAGCUACAUUAUGCAACUUCUGGUCUGAAUCAAAGUACGUUUUUAGCGAGGCUCUGCUCCUCCUCCUCCUCCUCCUCCUCAUUUUGACAGUUUACGUUUGGACAGUUGCUCAUGUUGACGAGCCUUGAAAUGUUCUCCUUCCAGGAAGCAGCACUGAUGUCCAUGUUUUUUAUACUCAAAUGGUUCUUUUAGCUUUGCUCAACGGUUCUUUGAGUCCUGAAGGGGCUGUUGUUAAAUUUGACCGUCUUAGAGUGGUAACUAUGUAAUGUAAACCAGCUCAAACGGUUUGUUUUGAUUCUGGCUCAUACGCAGAAACUGAUAUAUCAGCUAUAAACCCUACUAUUAAUUAACUGUAACUGUUAUCUGUUUAAUAUCUCAGGUUGUAGUAGGGCAUGUAGGGCAUUGUAGUUCUUCAGCCCCAAAUUAUGAUGAAGUACCUCAAGUUGUCAGGUAUUUUUCGGCAUAUUUUUUUUUUUGUGUGCCAAAAACAGACAAUCAUUUCUGGUUAUAGUAUCCAUAACGGUUUCCGGACAGGUUUUCCACAAAAAUGACUGUAAAAUGAUAUAUGUCAUUAUCAUGAUCUAAAAUUACACGUGGGUUUUAUCCAGUUUUCCCACCUCCUUACUUCACGGUGGUUUGGAACAAGUUUUGAAGUUGGUAAAUUCGGCUCUGUGCUACGUUUGGUUUUCAAUUGACUGACCUAUAAAACAACUUUAUUUGUUGGACUCUGUCGCAGACACAUUCUGAAUCUAUAAUUACACAACACUUUGUUGAGUCCUGCUUAAUAUACAUAAGCAUUGCCAUAAAGAUGUCACAUACAGAGACAGCAUUCAGGUUCAGAGGACCAUGUGACUGAGCGGAUGACUACAGCUAUGAGCUACAGCCUCCAAACUUGUGUUAGCUCAUUAUAAGAUGCAUAUUGUAGCUUUAGAGGAAGGUUGUCACAUGAUUGGAGGUUUGGCAAAAAUGUUUGUUUAUUUCAUUUUGAUGCUGAGACCUUUUUUGAACGAGUGAGCAGUAAAUGAGCUAAAUGUUGCAGGACUGGGUCAGAAUUUAAAGGGAUCUCAUUUUGAAUUGUUCUCCGUGAAUGACAAACUACAGCAUCAUGACCUGCCUUCAGUUAAGCCAGUGUCCGUCUUCAUUUGCACCGAUGCAAAAAUAUCACGAGUUAUUGUAAAUUAUCCAUCCAGAAAAUGUCUUCAAAGAAAAAUCUGUACUUUUUUUUUUUUUUUUUU